UCAAUGGAAACAUCCCCCGUUGAUCCGCACCGGACUUGAACCCUGUCAUGGGUGAGGCCAGAACUAUAUGAUCGAAGACAUAUUGAGAGAGGGCUUUGGCGUGCUACCGGUCGGUAGGGACAGCGCAGGCGGAGAAAGGCGCGCGUCAUAUGCAGCCAGAUUGGUCGCUAUACCAUAUGCAUCUAACCCAAAAACUAUAAGUAUGUCUUUCUUUUAGGACAGUUUUGUCCUAGAUGCCCGCCGAUGGUAAGUUUGCAGGGUCUUGCAACGGCGCUAUUGUAAGGGUAGUUCAGGCACGCGUCCGUCGUGCCAGUGGUAGUACGGGAGGCUCAGUGGUCGACCCCACUGUAAUUUGGGUAGCCUGGCGCUGGUAAAUUUCAAAGGAAUUGCCUUACAAGGCGCGCAGCACCCGCCCGGCAUUGCCGGAGCUGCAGUGCACGAUCAGCAAUGAGAAUCUCAGAUCGUGUCUUCCUACAACCUCCACCACUGCCGCGUCUGCCGCUUCCUCUUUACAAACGCGCUGCCUCCAACACGUCGUAAAGCCAUUUAGUCGAUUCGCUCGUCUCUUUCGUUGCUUGCACUUAUUUUAGCUACCUCCAACCUUAUUGGCCCGUCAUCCUGCAAAAUGCAAAUCUAGCGCGCCAUCAACAGCCACUCGCCCGUCUAUCUCCACCACGUGAACUCAAAAAAGCGACUGAGCGACAGACAGCCACGAGAGUCGGACCACUGGCCAACCAUCCUCUCUCGUACUCUGUUUCUGCUUCUCCCAACUACGACGCUUUAUAUUUCUUGUCCAUUGAAUACCUCACAGCCUAGCGCUGCUGAAUAACAUUCCCCAGCGUCUCCUGUUCCUCGCGAUGGCCAUGCUAUUGCCUUGAUAGCUAACCAUCGAACUUUAUUACUUCACAGAAGCGUUAGCAUUUCAUUUACCAUGGCAGAUAUAAAUAUGAAUCAAUCGCAUGAGAAUGGAGACCCAAAUGGCGAUAAACAUGAUGAGAUCAACAGCAUGGAGCCUUUACACCUUACGCCCAGCCGAGCAGCACACUUCGAGGCCACGCACCCCGAUCCAGCGCGCUGGUGGUUCAUAGAUUCCGCUUUCCCCAUGAUAGCUGGCACUCUGGGCCCGGUAGCAAACGCCUUCAGUAUCUGCGCUCUCGCUCAGCCAUGGAGGACUCGCCAUAUCCCAGACACUGACAUUCGCGAUACUACUGAUAUAGCGGAUCCGCCAUGGCUUUUGGCCGUCAAUGCCGUCCAACUGGUGCUUGCUUUGAUAUCCAACUUUACACUCCUACUCAAUAUGGCAAGGCGGCUUCGAUUUACAAUCGCUCAGCCCAUCACAAUUGGUGGAUGGUAUCUUUCUGCUCUCUGUUUAACUUGUCUAUGCGCCACUGCUGCUGGUCCAUUGUUUGCAGGGCUUGAGAAUCGAGACGACUACAUUUGUAGCCAGGCUUUCUGGUAUGGUGUCUGGGCUGCUAUUCUGUACUUUGUCGUCGCAACUCUCAUGUCCAUCACCUUCUGGGGAGCAUACACCGGCCGGUUCGGCAAAAGCUUCAACCUUACCACCAGCCAGCGUACGCUUAUGUUUCAGACGAUUCUCUUCCUCAUGUAUCUCCUCAUUGGUGCUUUGAUAUUCCACGCCACGGAGCCGGAUUGGAAAUAUCUUGAUGCACUAUAUUGGGCAGAUGUUACCCUUUUCACAGUCGGUUUCGGCGACUUUGCUACCACGACUCAGGUCAGCCGUGGACUCCUCAUCCCGUAUGCUCUCGUUGGGGUUAUCAGUCUCGGUUUGGUCAUCAGCUCAAUCCGCAAAAUGAUAUUAGAUCAUGCCCGAAGACAUGUAGGCAUUCGGAUGCAGGAAAAGACUCGCAAAAAUUUGGUGCGGCGGGUCACUAUGAAAGGAAACGAUUAUAUUCUCCAACCUGUUGGCAGCUUGCCUCGUCAAGAUACCGAAACGCAAUCUAACCACAAAUUUCACAACGAAUAUGAUCGGAGACGAGUUGAGUUUGAGCUCAUGCGAAAAGUUCAGCGCAAGGCCCUAAUACGACGGCGAUGGACUGCAAUGGCGACAUCGACGGGCACAUGGCUCGUCUUUUGGCUCCUCGGUGCCCUGGUUUUUCUUGAAUUUGAAAAGCCUUAUCAGGCCUGGUCUUACUUUGACGCAUUUUACCUAUGUUUUGUAACGUUGACAACGAUCGGCUAUGGCGAUAGAACACCUAUAUCACCGGGUGGCAAAUCCUUCUUUGUGUUUUGGUCUCUGCUUGCUCUGCCAACCAUGACGGUUCUCAUUUCCAAUGCCGAAGACACGGUCGUCAAGUUCAUCCGAGACACUACCAACCGCAUUGGUGACGUCACGGUUCUACCAGCAAAAUCGGAUCGAAAGGCUCGUCGGCUUAUGAGAGUUAAGCACCGAGAGGAGGAGGGGGGGAAAGCAGCUGAAGAAGCAGCAUCCACAUCUAUAACGGUUCUUCACCCAGAUCCAGGUCAGCAUGCCCAACACAAACGCAAGGUUCACAAACAAGAUAAAGAUAAGGGCGUGCCAUUGAGGCAUGCGGCAACAAUAUCUGAUGGCGUUGCUCCUCAUGUGAAUCUCAAAACACGCCUCCUGGAGCCCCUUCCCACCGGCCGCAAGCUUCACCUUCUUCUUGUUAAUGAGGUUCAAAAAGUUGCCAAGCACAUCAAUGAUAAAACAAAGCAUCACUACACGUUCGACGAGUGGGCUUGGUACUUGAAACUUCUCGGGGAGGACGAGAGCAACCCAGACACACACUCCAAGGCCAAGGUUCGAGCUAAGAAGCAUCACACGAACGGUUCCCAUAGUACCUCGGCUCAAGAGAGUCCACCGCAGAUACAGCAAGUAGAGUCUGCUCACCCGAAAUGGUCGUGGGUUGGCCACCGCAGCCCGCUUGGUGCUGGACAGGAUGAGAGUGAGUGGAUUAUUGAGCAUCUAAUGCUUAAGCUGGAGGAAUCUUUAAUAGACGGACUUGGGCACUAGUCUCACUAUGGGCAAGAAGCAAUUCAAUCCCCACGCCUUGCUGUUGAUUUUGCACAUGUAGAUACUACUUGGAGUUGCAGUAUAUGUUAUUAAUUUUAGCUAAAAUACAUGAUAUUAACAAGUUAUAGUUCCCAGCUUCAUCGUUAUAUGUACAAUACUUUACACGACAGGAUCUCAACUGACUAGCUUUAGUUAGAUCCACCUAGCAAAAGCCUGCGGUUUCUCUUAAUUACGGCAUUCAAACCCUUUUCCAACUUUUCUGUCUCCUUCUUUGCAGCCACCAGGGCAGCUUCCGCCUCAUCCACCGCCAUCAAAGGCAUGUUGCCUACUCCAGAGAAAGGUCCUUUAAUCAUAUCGCCAUGAUGACCAGGGGCAGAAAAGUCGUGUGGAGGGCGCCCUCCAUCCGCCGAACUGUAGAUACCUACGCCAGCCGCAGCGUCAGGCCCAUAGAAGUACGGAGCAAGGGAAUUCAGGCUAGCGGCAGCAGUAUCGCGCGGCGAUGAGGCAUUCUUGGCUUGGCCAGUGGCACCAACAUUAAGCCUUGGAAGCACAUAUUGGUUGAUAUAACUUAGUGCGUCCUCACGCUGAAGCUUACCAAUAGGGUCCUGUGACUGGAUCUUGGAGCUUGUUGGGAAGAUGUUCGGGCGCCCAUUUGGUACUGCGCGGCCUUUGAUUAAAGAAAAUGCGCCAGUGCCAGUUUGGUGCCGGGGUGCCACAAAUGCACCAGGGUUUUCCGCGCCUAAUCCGAUGGAAGUUUGUAGAGCCAAGAAGUCUUCUUCUUCUUCAGGGCUUAAACUGCGGAUGCAGUCACCAUUGGGGGUAAUAAGCAUACGACUACCGUCAACAUGAAACUGUUUGCGGACAGCCUUGCCAGCUCGUAAAUCGGUAAUAUCAUCCGGUUGAAUCUCACCGCAGUUGCAGCUGGCCUCCUUGCAUUGGCUAGCCUGUUGCUUGGAGGACAUGUUCUGCAAAAUUUCGCCGCGAGGAACGUUGUUAGAGACCGGCUUAAAGAGAUUAAGCUUUUCCAUUGCCGAAGUCCAGAGCGAACUUCGGAUAUCUCCAAAGACUUCAACUGGUCCAAUCGCCGAUUGGAAGGAGUCAGUUGUAUCUUCCUUUUCUUCGAUAGGGGCAGAAAUAUCAGUGACUUCAUAGCGCUCGUUGGCUACUGCUGCAGGUUGUUCUACUACCGUAGUUUCUGGCGCUUCGCUAUGAGUCGUAGGGGAGUCCUGAGCGGCUGACGUGGCAUCGUUGCGUGUUAUUCCGUCAUUAUCAUCCGGUACUUUUGAUUUGCCUUCGGCAGUAUUCCCUUCAGUCACAGAUGAAGCUGGAGGCGUCGGUUUACCCUUCGUCGGUUUUUCCUUCUUCUGCUUCUUCUUUCGGCCAAUCACGGGGGCAUGCUCCUCUGCUUCGACCUUAACGGUCUCUGCAAUCAGUUUCGUUUCUUGCUUAAGCGCUUCACGGCGCUGUUUGCGUUGCUGGCUCUUUGUAAGCGUCUUAGAGGCUUGUAGUUUGCUUUGAAUUGGGGAGUUGGGUCGAGAUAUAGAGAUAGAAGUCGAGACCACCGAGGCACUAUCGCUAAUCAUUUCACUGCCUGGCGUCUCUGGUCUAUGUCCAUUGGUUAUCACCCUAGCUGGAAUGAUUGUAACUGGAGAAGGCAUCUGAGGGACAUCUGAUUUGUUCGAAGAAACAACCCGUAGGGCUUUCGGCGCCAUUCGAGGCGUAGGAGUAGGACUCUGAACUGUCUGUAAAUCCUCAGGCCCAGUAGAGCCAGGUGAGCCGUCAACCAAUUUCUUAGAUUCAUCACUCUUAUCAACUGUUUUCAUAGAUGUCAAUUUUGUCGCCAACGACUUCGGUGUGGCCAGCUUAUGCGCAGUGGAUACGGCACGUUUGUCGAUUUUAGUUGGUGGUGGUCCGAGGGCGGGAAAUUCCUCUUCUCCCAUCAAUAGAGGCUUCGUAUUUUGUACUUCAUCUUGUUGAUUCGUGAUGGGGUUUGACAGAGAUCCCGCCGCUGGGGUCGGGGCUUCAAACCCAGGUGGUGGGCGGCGAGGUUGAGAGUAUUGCGCCUGGUUUGGAAAGCUCUGGUCAUCAAAUGCUGAGGUUGCCUCCAGGCCAAGACUAGACGUUGUUUGACCGGUUGCAAACUGAGGGGGGGGGGAUGUAUCGUCGGACACCAAAGCUUCGAUUGAGCUUACAGUUUGCUCGUAAUAAAUCUCGUCUUCUGCAAAAAGAGCUGUUAGCGCUUAUGAAGCUCAAGAAUGGUCGUUAAAAACAAUAAUCAGAGCACAGCGAGAGCUAAAGGUUGCGGUGAAACGGGUUCGUCUACAGCGCACAUAUCGUCUUCCAAAACAUUCAAGCAGCAGCAAGUUAGAUCAUUAGGGAACGGGGGUAUUGGUAGUCUAUUUGGACCAAAGACCCCCGCCACAGGGGAUCCAUGUGAUCUGUAACGUACAUAAAAUGGCGGCGGAAGACGAUAAUGGCUUGCCUGACGUAAACCCCGUUUCCAACCACACCCCGCGAGCUAGCGGAAACUGACUGGAGCAUCAGACUGAACGAAAUGGCGAAUGAGCCCGUUCCAAAUCCCAUCAUCCAUGCAAAACAAAAAGCAGGCCCAUGACCAUGGCAAACAUAAUUGACAAAAAAACAAUAAAGAUAUCAAUGACACCAUGCGUUGCAACUGAAAUGCGUCUCAGCAAAGACGACUUUGGAUUCAGAACUGCACGCUGGUGUCAUAUGCGCGAUCUGUCCAAACAGACAAGAUACGCCCGGGUCUAUGCAGGUAAACGCCUCUCCCAAUACACUAAUAUAAGCAAAUGCAAAUUUCAAAUCACACCCAUUCACCAUCUGGUAUAGCCGGUAUUAUACAUCAUAUUCGGGUUGUACCCACCUUGGCUCGGCCCGCUGAAAAGGUUCUGUCCGGUUCCGGCAUUGCUCUGAUUUUGGUGUUGCAUCCUGGCUUGUAGGAUGCUCGGGUCUGCAAGAUCUACUAAGCCACCUCCCCCAGAGGAGGAAGUGUUAGCAUGCCUAUGCUUCUUUCCCUUCUUCUUCUGCUUCGAGCCCAUAUCUUGGAAUGCCCCAGCAUGGUUGCCAUAGAGCGACGCCAGGAGACCGGAAGUAGGAGCAGGGGUCGAGCUUGAGGAAGGUGGGUACUGAGUAGACAAAGAAGAAAUCAUGGACUCACGCUUUCCAUCUUGCGACUGGCCAUUGGCCGUGCGGUUACGGCCAAUGAGGCUCUGAAGUAGUUCGUUGGAUGAAUCUUUUGGGACAUUAUUGAAUCCUGGUAAGCCAAAACCCUGGCCGAAGAGAUUGGGCGGUGUGCCUGUCGAUUUUAAGCCAGGGGGAGGGCCAGGAAGCGACGUGGCGUAGAAUUGGCUACCAGCUUGAGAAGGGAAAGAGCCGGGGCCCAUGGCGCGAGAGUUCGCAGCAAGCUUCAUGUUUGUGCCUGGUCCAUUUUCAUUGGCAAAAUUGAAUCUCGAGGAUUGGCGGUUGUGUCCCUGGCUAGCGAAUCCGUUAUUAGGGGCACCAAUGCCAGGCGGGAACUGGUCAGCGAAGCCACCCUGUGAUCUCAUGGACAUAAGUUGUUGUGGAGUGAGAGCGCGUCCUGUGGGGUUACCACCAUUUUGACUGAAGCCAGAGUUGCUUGGCGUAGGGCUGAAAGCCUCAUCAUUGAUACCUCGUUGGAGGGCAGCCUGCCUCUGGUCAAAUCGUUGAUCUUCACCAAGUCUCUCUCGCUCAUCAAUUUCACCCGCAUGAUGCAUGCCGCCAGUUUCACCUUCGGCGUCCGACUGGGCAUCACUAGGAUCUCGCUGCUCUCCAUCUAGACGGGCUUCUUCGUCUUCGCGAAUGGCUCGUCGCUUCUCUCCACCUUGAACGUCGAACAUGGGAGGGCCAAGAUCUGUGGUAUUGACUGUAGGUAGCGCGCAGGCGUAGAGAGCGUUCAACAGUGCUGUAAUAGACGAAAUAGCUGGUGGAUCGGGAGUUGGUUCCUCAACUUCGGGGGUAUCGUCGAUUGGCUCCACAACAGGGGUAUCACUAGCCUUGGCCUUAGCUGGUGAGAGUUCUGGUGUAGAGGUAGCUGGUGCUGCGUUCACAAGAGUGGGUGUGGCACCAUUAGUAGAAUGGCUACCGCGUCGACUGCGCUGUGGUAGCCUAGCCCAAUUGGCCGAAGAAGGUAGAGCAGAUCCGUCGGCUGCCGUAUCCAAUCCGUCUUUACUGGAAGAUCUCACCAUACUAUGUGUCUGCGACAUAAUUUGUACCGGAGGGGGUGGUGGAGGGGUGGCGACUGUUUGUUGUUGGGGUUGUUGGCGAGAAACUGUACGAGUUGAUCCACCACCUUGUAGAGGUCUCUGCGUAUGAAUGCUAUUCAUAGAUGAAAGAUCUUGUCGCGUAUAGCUAUCCUCCUCAUCACCCUGCUCGUGAAGAAACAUACAACCUGGAUUGUUGCACUUUUCAUUCUUGAGCCAGGCAGAGCAAUAUUUGGUAGUGCCAUGUUGGGCCUUUAACACUCGAUCGCCAUUGUGAGAGCCAUGCACAGCUUGAAUACAGCGCAUUGCUUCGUCAGGCGUCUCAAACGUUACAUAGAUGCCGAGCGAGUGGUGUUGCCCAUCAGGACUUUUGCGGUUGCUGAUAGAUAUCUUUUGAAUCGUUCCAUAUUGGCCAAAGAACUCGGGCUUUCGCAGCGUUUUGAGGAGCUCAUCUUCCCUUACGUUGGGUGCCAACCCAGUAAUAUAGACGAGAUUCUUCUGAACAACUCGGACACCGAUAAGAUUUUUCCGAUUUUCCUUUUCGGCUUCGCGCUUCUGGACUUCUUUUUGCCGCUGUUCUUGAACUCGCUUCUUCUGGUUCUUUUGGAUGUUGGCACGGAAUUCGGC